CACGGAUGACUCUUCUCAUAUUUGAAAUAGAACAUUGGUGUCAAGGUUUUUUCUUUUUCUUUUUUUUUAACUGUUUUCGCCCAAACUGACAGCGUUCAUCUGAAACGUGAAGACCGCGGCGUGGACAAAUCACUGUUCUUGCUAAAUGUAACGAGGAAAUAACGGAAACGGAGGGAUGAGAGAAGAAUGACCAGUUGGAGUGCGCGCAGCCUCAGCGGAGCCCCGGCGUCUCGACGUCCUGCUUCGGAUGUGAGAGGAGAAAGGAGCAAGUCGCUGCGCCCCUGACACUAAAAGAGAUGCUGAUGCUGCCCGUGUUCCUCAUUCUCCCAUCGCUUUUGUUCAGUCUGACCUCAUCCCACUUCGUGUGCCCGGGGAUUUGCUGCUGUUCCGCCGAGACGAUCCGCUGCACCGAGGCGACCGAGCGGUCGCUUCCAGGGGACCAGAAGGAUGUUUUCAAGCGACUGACUCUCACACACCUGUCUCUGAGCAGUGUUGCCAGCCACUCCUUCGAUGGGCUGAGCGGGGUCCUCAGAAUUGAAAUUGCCCAGAGUGACACCUUGAAAACCAUUGAGGCCAUGGCCUUCAACAACCUUCCAAAUCUCUCAGAAAUAUCAAUACAGAACACCAAGAAUUUAGUACACAUCAGUCAACGUGCAUUCAACAAUCUGCCAAGGUUACGAUAUCUGAGUGUUUCCAACACCGGCAUUACUGUGAUCCCUGACGUAUCAUCCAUUUAUUCUCUGGAGUCUGUUUUUAUCCUUGAUAUCUGCGACAACCUUCAUCUCGAGUCCAUUCCGGCAAAUGCUUUUGCUGGGCUGUCAAAUGAACACACUACAAUGAUCCUACAUAGAAAUGGUUUCAAGGAAAUUGAAGAUUAUGCCUUCAAUGGGACCAGGAUCCAUAAACUGAUUCUCAAAAACAACAAACACCUAAGAACAAUCCACAAAGAUGCUUUCAAAGGAGCAGUUGGACCUGGGGUUUUAGAUGUGUCUUUGACGGCCUUGGAGGCGCUGCCCUCCCGGGGCCUGCAGUCUCUCCGUCUCCUGGUAGCUCGUGGGACCUACAGCCUGAAGAGCCUCCCCCCUCUAGGAGCACUGGAGAGCCUGCAGGAGGCACAGCUCACCUACCCCAGCCACUGCUGUGCCCUGUUUGACUGGAACGCCCGCAGGGAUUCCGCUUUCUUUGACAUUGGGGGAAACGGAUCAUACUGUGAGGACGGCUUUUCCUCAGAUAUUCCAGGCCUGGCUGCUGACUCCACCGCUGUGCCACCGCUGAAGGAUCCGGCCAUGUCCGAAGAAUACCGGGAGGCCCUGGAUCCUGUGGAUUUCUAUUACCCAGACUUCGACUUCUGCCGCAGCCCCAGGAUGCUGCGGUGCACUCCGGAGGCAGACGCCUUCAACCCCUGCGAGGACAUUGCUGGCUUCCAGUUCUUGCGUGUCGCCAUCUGGUUCAUCAACGUGCUCGCCAUCACCGGUAACUUGAUGGUGCUGCUGGUGCUCGUUGCCAGCCGUGGCAAGCUGACCGUGCCGCGCUUCCUCAUGUGCCACCUGGCCUUCGCUGACCUGUGCAUCGGCAUCUACCUGCUGAUGAUCGCGAUCGUGGAUGGGCGCACGCGGGGCAGCUACAGCCAGCACGCCAUUGCGUGGCAGACGGGGCCGGGCUGCGCGGCCGCGGGCUUCCUGUCCGUUUUUGGCAGCGAGCUGUCGGUCUACACGCUGACCGCCAUCACUCUCGAGCGCUGGCACACUAUUGAUCACGCCCUGCAGCCGGAGCGCCGCUUGGGCCUGAGUCGCGCUCUGCUCACUAUGGCUGGGGGCUGGUUCUUGUGCCUGGGUGUAGCACUGCUUCCCCUGGUGGGCGUCAGCAGCUACAGGAAGGUGAGCGUGUGCCUGCCGAUGGACAUCGAAACGCCGCUGGCCCAGGCCUUCGUCAUUCUCCUCCUCUUUCUCAAUGUGGCCGCCUUCCUCAUAGUGUGUGCGUGCUACGCGCGAAUCUACCAGGCAGUAUGGAACCCCGAGUUUGCUGGAAGGAAUGCGGACGCCAAGAUCGCUAAGCGCAUGGCAGUGCUCAUCUUCACCGACUUCCUGUGCAUGGCACCCAUCUCCUUCUUCGCCAUCUCCGCUGCCUUCAAGGUGCCCCUAAUUACAGUGACCAACUCCAAGAUCCUACUGGUGCUCUUCUAUCCCAUCAAUUCCUGCGCCAACCCCUUCCUCUACGCCAUUUGUACGAAGGCCUUCCGCAGGGAUGUGUUUGCGCUGGCCAGCACGCUGCCAUGCUGCGAGAGCAAGGCCAGUGUGUAUCGCACGAAGGCCUACUGUUUGGACAACAGCGCUGACAAGCCGAGCAGUGUGGCCGCUGCCAAGAAGAGCUCCCAUAUCGCACUCAGAAUGGCUGCGUUCAGCUCCUCCAUACCAGCAGAAUAAUACAGUGAGAAUCAAGACAGACUCUCUCCCAUCAUUCGCUUUUUUUUGCCUUGUCUCUUGGAUUGGUCCAGUGUUUUUCCAUCUGAAACACUUGAAACUGUCUAUAUUAUUUUUUUUGCAACACACUUCAAAAUGAAAGGAGGAUGUCACUUAAGAUAAGAUACUUUAUUGUCAUUGUAUACAAUACAAUGAAAUUUUGUGUGGCAACCCUCAGAAGAACAGCAGCAGAAAGAACACUUGAAAUAAAUAAGAAUUAGGUUGAAACUUUGGACUCCUCCAAUUAGCAUUAAAAUUAAACUAGCAAUGAAAAAAUAUUAUAUAAUCUUUUUGGUCCCGAGAAUUGCUGCAUUGAAAUUUACUGGCCUCAUCCCCGGUUUGUGGAACAGGUCAUGGAAUACUUGUGAAAAGAAUAAUUACGUUAAAGCAGCGGGAGUAGCUAUUGUGAAAAACAUCAACCAUCUAGUGAAAGACAUGUGGAGCGUUGUAUGUGUGGACUUGAUUGAGGUCACCCAUUCUUCACACCUGGAACAAAUAAGGUGCAGCCUCGGACAUCACCUGCCUACAGCACUUGGAAAAGGCUUAAGAAGACUUAUUAUGCUAUUUGAGCAUCUUGACAUUCGAUGUAUUCAGUGAAAACCUCU